AUGUUUGAUUCUGGAGCAAAAACUUCUUUUAUUAGUAAAGCUGCAUUAAAACGAACAAAGCAUUUACCUAUUAAUACUAAUCCACAACGUUAUUUAAUGGCAGAUGGGUGUACAUCAUUUAAAGCAAUAGGUUUUGUAAAAAUAAUUAUCGAAUUUGGUGGAAUUAAAACAAAUAUUCUGGUAGGAGUUGUUAGUUCAUUAUGUACAGAUUGUAUUUUAGGAAUGGAUUAUAUUAAUAAAUACAAAGUAAACCUUAAUUCAAAAGAUCAACAAAUUCAAAUACACACAUUAAAAAAUAUGGUUACAAUUCCUAUGGAGAAUCAAAUUGAUAAUGUUAAAGUAUUAUGCCGAUUAAUUAGUUCUACGUGUAUUUAUCCAUAUCAAGAGAAGAAAAUUCAAAUAGGCACACAAGUAUCAUCGGGACAAUUAUUAUUCUUCCCCGCGUAUCAUCUUACUCAUUACAAAAAUUUAAUUAGUCCACAUGCAUUUAUAUCAAUUAUAAAUCAUAGUGCAUGGAUUUCUGUUUAUAAUCCAGCAGCAUCAACGUGUUAUUUAAAAUCAAAUAUUAUUAUUGGAACUGCGGCACCAUCUUCAACUGUUGCUUAUAUUUCUACCAUUUUAGAUACAAAAGCAAAAGAUACAACAUAUGAAGUUAAUACAACACCUUUAACAUCAACUAGUGAACAAAAUAUUGCAAAUUCACUGAUGCAUUUACAAGAUCAACAAGAAUUUCUUAGAACACAACAGAUUUUAACCAGACAUCAUCAACUUUUUGAUACAACAACAACAACUAUUGCGGAAACAACAAAGGCUCAUGUUAUUUGUACUCGUGAUGCUCCUCCAACUACGUCUCGACCAUACCCCCAAACAAAUGAAAAACAAAAUGCAAUGUUUAAUAUUCUCCAACAAAUGUUAAAAAAUAAACAAAUUCGACCACCACAUUCUCAAUAUUCUGCACCUGUAUUAUUAGUUAAAAAACGUGAUGGUUCAUAUAGAUUUAUUAUUGAUUAUAGGAAAUUAAAUGAUAUAACUAUUCCAGAUAAUUAUCCAUUACCAAAUCGUGAACACGCACUCGAACAAGUUGGUGGUCAAAGAUUUUAUACAAAAUUAGAUUUACGAUCAGGAUAUUUCCAGAUACCAAUUCGUCAUACAAUUUGCUCUGCAGGUACAAAACCACUUCAAGAUCGAAUUGAAAAAAUAUUAUCUAUUCCACAACCAACAUCUUUAAAACAAGCAAAUGCAUUUAUAGGUACAAUUGGUUGGUAUAGGAAGUAUAUACAAGACUAUGCAAAAAUAGCCGCACCAAUAUUAGCUGUUACAAAUUUAAUUACGAAAAACAAGUAUAAAUUUAAAUGGGAUACACCACAACGUGAAGCAUUUAAUCAAUUAAAAAAUAUUCUUAUUAAUGAACCAUUAUUUUUAAAUUAUCCAGAUUCUGAUGCAACACUUAUAUUAUCAACAGAUGCAUCAGAUUACUCUAUUGGUGGUGUUUUAUAUCAAGAAAUUAAUGGUGAACGAAAAAAUAUUUAUUUUCAUUCACAAAUGUUACCAAAAUU